GAAGCUUCAAAAGAUGGUGCAUGACAUCAAGAAAAAUGAAAGUGGGAUAAUAAACAAGUUCAAAAAGUUCCAAAAUGAACAAGUGGCCUUAAUUUGCAAAACUGGGAAAGAUACUUGGGAUCGGCUGAAAAAAAAACCUCCACCGAGUCUACCACAAAGGGAUUAUGCUUCAGAACAUGCAGACAAUGAAGAGGACCAAUGGUCAGAUGAUUUUGACAGUGACUAUGAAAAUCCAGAUGACCACUCUGAUUCUGAGAUGUAUGUGGUCCCCACUGAAGAGAAUCCUGAUGACAGCUAUGAGCCGCCUCCAAGUGAGCAGGAGAAAAAGAAGAUUCCUUCGGCAUUCCCUAUUUCUAGGGGUGAAUACGCAGACAAUCGCACCAGUCACCAACUGCUUAACAAACCUCUCCCAAGUACGCCCAGUCCAGCCGUGUCCAGACCAAAGAAACUAUCUGUGCCAUCUCUGCCAUUUCCAUCUCCUGCUGCAAAACCAAAAGUACCACCGAAGCCUAAGGAGUGUAGUGAUGAUGAGGAUAACUACAUUGUGCCAGUGGAUAAUGACGAUAACUAUAUUGAGCCCACAGAAAGCAGCAUGUCACUACCCACAAGAUCUCCUGCGAACAGACUUAUGAAGACUACUCCAAAGCCUUCUCUUGCUUCUGAUAUGCAAGAAGUCUAUGAGGUUCCUGAAGAAGAGGAAAAACCAUCACCACCACCACCAGUAACCAGGUUCACUAAGCCACUUCCAUCUAUGCCUGCUCAGAAUACAGAGCACUCCCACGUGCACAGCAUGACCAGAGAAUCACCUAAGUUGGAUACUUCCAGAAAUAUCUUGCCUCUUCCCAGAAAUCGUCUUCAUCCAAAAGCAGACCAUGAAGCAAACAAUAAUGAUGAAAAUCACAGCUUCAAUAACACGCAGAAAUCCAGAUUUCCCACUGGAGCAGCUCCAUCUCCAUUACCAAGGGGCCUAAAGAAAACUUCUAAUGCUGUAAAUUCACCAAAACCAUGUUUACCUUCCAGAGAGACCUUAACUGCAAAUGAAGAAAAACCUGCAGCACCAGAACGACGGCGAGGUUCCAGCCAAGAGUUUGUGCUUCCACCCCUUCCAAGUGGUUCCCAAAAGCCUUUACUCCAAAAGUCCUCAAUUCUGCCAAAAGUGCCAGAAGCUGCAAACCAAUCUCUGGGUACUUCCCCUCGCAGCAGCAUUUUAUCUACUUCAAGUUCUGCAGACCAGGAUGCUGGUGUUCAUAGUAAAGCAUGGUAUGCUGCUGUCUGUGAUAGGAAAACAGCAGAAGAUGCAUUGUACCGAUCAAACAAGGAUGGAUCUUUUCUAGUAAGAAAGAGUUCUGGACAGGAUUCACGACAACCGUACACACUGGUGGUGUUUUACAAUAGAAGAGUAUACAACAUUCCCAUACGAUUCAUUGAAUCCACAAGGCAAUAUGCACUGGGCAGAGAAAAAAAUGGUGAAGAGCGCUUUGACAGUGUUGCUGAAAUAGUAGAGAAUCAUCAGCACACCUCCCUGGUUCUAAUUGACAGCCAAAACAACACAAAAGACUCUACAAAACUGAAACACAUUGUAAGAGUUUCUUAACUGAACCAAACUGCUAAAAUGAAGACUUUCUUUAAACAUUUCUUUCAACAUCCCAAAACAUGUGGAUCAAGUAUUUAAAGAAGAAAACCCAAAAUUAUGGAAAAUACUCUUUAAGAGCACCUACUGAGUAGUAUGUGAUGCAGUUC